UGGGUGGCCCCUGUGACCCAGGAUAACAAACCCUCCAUGCACAGCCUGCAGCUAGUUCCUGCACUUACUGAGUGUGAGCAUGGCCACUGACUGCCUGAGGGACUGCAAGGCUUGGGAUGAUGCUGGCCUGUCACUUUCCACAACCAGCAAUGAAGCUUGCAAGCUGUAUGAUGCCAGUUUGAUUCAGUAUGCCACAUGGACAAAUGAUGCCACCCUGGGAGGAAUCGAGGGAUGUAUUUCCAGAAUAAAAGCUGCUGAUCCGAACUUUGUUAUGGGUCACGUUCUACACAAUGGUCUGGAGCUGAUUGGAACCGGUCGUUCAGCAUUGAUUGACAAGGAUCUGGCUAAUUCAUUAAAGAUAAUGGGUGAACUUUCAAAGUCACAGGCGUUGACUGAUAGGGAGAAGUUGCAUGUUGCUGCCAUACAGACAUUCGCAAAAGGAAAUCUCCCUAAGGCGGGUGAUCUCUGGGAGGCGAUUUUAUUGACGCACCCAACAGAUCUCUUAGCCAUAAAGUUUGCUCACGAUACAUAUUUCUAUCUCGGAUACAGAACACAAAUGAGAGAUUCUGUAGCCCGCGUCCUUCCAUACUGGACCCCUAAAGAUCCCUUGUGCAGUUACAUCAGAGGCAUGCACUCUUUUGGGCUUCUUGAAACAAACUUUUAUGACGAAGCUCUGAAGGUGGCUAGUGAGGCUUUGGCUGUGAACCAGAAGGAUUCCUGGUCGGUCCAUACCAUUGCUCACGUCCACGAGAUGAAGGCCGAUGUAGAGAAUGGACUGUCCUUCAUGCAGAAGACAGAAAGGAACUGGAAUGGGAGCGACAUGCUGGCUUGUCAUGUCUACUGGCACUGGGCACUGUAUCUCAUUGAAAAGGGUGAAUAUGAGGCUGCACUAACUCUGUAUGACAAGCAUAUUGCACCUUCUUGUUUAACGAGUGAGAGUAUGCUGGAUAUUGUAGAUAAUACGUCGAUGUUGUACAGACUUCAGAUGGAAGGUGUGGAUGUGGGAGACAGGUGGAACAAAAUCCUAAACAUUACAAAGAAGCACACCAAUGAUCAUGUUCUGAUUUUCAACGACCUUCACUUCCUUAUGUCCUCCUUGGGCUCAAAGGAUCAUGGGAUGACGAACCAACUUAUGGAAUCCUUACAGGAAGUGGCAAAGUCUCCAGGAGAAAACCACCAGCAUGUACUAACCAACCAGCUGGGUUUCCCGCUGUGCCAGGCAUUGAUUGAGUUUGAUGCUGGGAAUUAUGACAAGGUGGUAGACCUGCUGCAUCCAAUCCGAUACCAGGUCCCUGAUAUAGGAGGAAGCCAUGCGCAGAGAGACAUCUUCAACCAACUCCUGAUUCAUGCAGCUCUCAACAGUAAAUCCAAACCUCAUCAGAAUUUAGCCAGAUGCCUGUUAAUAGAAAGAGAUAUUUUGAGACCAAAUUCGCCUUUGACUGAGAGGCUAAUGAGAAAGACCACUGCUGUCCACAAUCUGGCGUGAACACGAUUUGUACCAGCAAUUUAUUCUUCCACAACGUAUUCUGACAAAUCCGAGUAACAGAAAAAGAGAUGAUUAUAUUAAAUGUUAUCUGAAAAAGUGCUCCGUCUGGAAAUAUUCCAAAACAACUUUAAAUCUAAUCUGUUCAUUAUUAUCAAAAAUAGUGUAUAGGAUUUCAAGCUAGCCUUGGCUUCUUAUGGCUAUAGUACGCAUUCAGCACAUCAUCAGGAAAGUCAAACAAAACAGUUUCUUAGUACUGUAUAGUUAAAUAUAUGAAUCGUAGCAUCUGAAUGGCAGAAAUCCUAGGUUGUGAGUGGCUUGGGUUACAUGUUCUCAGUAGCCUAUUAUUUGCUUUAUCGCUAAAUCUCUGAGGGAACUCUAUCACCGGCUCUGCUGGAUGUUGAUACCCUACAACUCUUUGAAUGCUGAAGAUGCCCAGAGUAUACUGGGCGUUUUAGUUCAGCAAUAUGGGCAUCCAGAGAUUGAGGUGCCUGGUUCACCUUCACCGUAAAACACACUAAAAGCUUCAAAUAAUAAUCAAAGCCACAUUACUUCAGAUUAGUUAUAUUAAUGUAAUCAAACUCUGCAGGAAAUAUAAUUUUUAAAUUAUUUAUACAAAAAAGUUCCUGUGACAGAGACACUUGAAAAAAAUAGCCACAUACAUAAAAAAAAGGCUUCCAAAAUAUAAUGAUUCAACAAUCAUGCGGCCAUCUCCCAUCAAGAGCUUCGGACAUCUAUCACUAAAACUAAUUCUGCCCUUACCUUGUGUGUCACUAUAUCCCGCUCCCUGUAGCAUGUAAGCUCAUUGAGCAGGGCCCUCAAUGUCUCUAUUCCUGUGUAUCCAACUCGUCUGGUUACAAUUACAUGUUUAUUAGUCCACCCAUUGUACAGCGCUACGGAAUUUGUUGGCUCUAUAUAAAUAUAAUAAUAAUCAAGCUUAUUUCUGGACUUGUUUUUGGGCAGUUAUCUGCUUUGCCUCAAAUUUGAGAUUUACUGGAUAGAUUAAGUGUGUAUAAUAAACAGAGUGCCUUUCAUGCCUUUUUAAAUUCAUAAUCAAAUAACUGUCUUCA